UCCCUCACAUAUACUUCCCAUCACACCUUCCCCACCGCAUCCUCCCAGACUCUCGCUUGUUGAACUUUGCCUGUCACCCGAAGGGCGAGCCAAGAGCAGCAAACCGAGAACCGAACAACUACGGCAUUAGGAACACAGAUGGUGUCUUUCUCUCUUCUUCAUACUUCCGUGGAGAGGCCUGUCUAUAGCACAUAAAUAGGUGCCGCACCUGUGCUGGUUCUCUCAUCAGCAUUGCAAACGCAGAGCGGCACUCAUAUAUACACAAACACACCCUCUGUAUACAAUCACCAUCGCUCGCAAAAAUCAUACACAGCCAUGCCUUCCCACAGCAUGAAGAGGAAGACGUCGUACAGCAACCCCGGCAACGCUGAUCCUCUGCUCUAUCCCGGCGGCCGCGAUGUUUUGUCCAAGCGGCUGCGUCUCGCCAAGCCCGCGUACGACGUCACCCGAGGCGUGUCCGACGAGCUGCUGCUGCGUAUCUUCUCCUACGCCGACGAGCAGACGCUGCUGAACCUGGCGCCCGUCUCGCGGCAGUUCUACAGAGUCUCGUCAGAUCCGCAGCUGUGGCGCAAGCACUAUUACCGCAAGUUCAUUCUGCCGCGCGCCAACCGCAUCCCGGGCCUCCAAUUCUCAAGCAAGUCGUACACCCGCGCCCCGAGUACAUGCGAGGCUCACGGCCAGGAACAAGGCCAAGGCCAAGCCUCAGCUUCUGUGGGGGCCGAAUCCGAACCGGGUAGCAGCAUCAUCAGCCGCAGCAGCACCAGCGCCACGAGAGCGUUGCCCCCCACGUCGUCGUCUUUCACUGACCUUGACAUCGAAUCCAUCAGGCGGCCCUUCAACCCCGUGGACCCGUCGGGUAAGACCAGAGAGGCUCCAGAUGUCGACUGGAAGCAGCAGUACAGACUGCGGCACAACUGGGCCCGCGGCCUCUGCGAGGUGCGCCAUGUUCAGGUCAGCCCCGUCAACUUUUCCUUGACACCCAUCGAGGAGCGUCGCACCCUGGUCAAGGUCGUGGACGGCCUUGCCGUGACGGUGGACAUGCAGGCUGGACUUCGCGCCUGGGACUUGCGCACUCAAGAGUCUAUCGCCCAGACAACCACCGAGACGGACGACGGCAUCUGCCUCGUUCCUACGGCCCUGGCCCUGGAUGGGGCGAGGCUUUCUGCAGAUGUCUUGGACAUUAUGCUUGGCUUCAACGACGGCACCUUUGGCAUCUGGCGGCUGAUUAUCUCCAAGGGGAGUUUGUCUGUCUUGUAUCGUCAGGAUAAGAGCUACGUGGGUAGACUUAUAUCGGUGGCCUACUCGUACCCUUAUGCCGUGACGGCUGCAGAGCUGGGCUUCAUUUCGCUGUAUACAUUUGAACAACUUACAACGGAGCCUGGCACUGAGCAGACUGCUACAGCGGCUGGCGCGGGCACUUCUUCCUCUUCGCCGGUGGAAGAAGCUGCCAAACACCAUGGCGGCAGAGAAGGUGACGAUGUAAACGAAGAAGCACCAUCUAUGUUCCAGGUGUACAGCGAGGUUGUCAAAAGCGGAACUCUCUCGCAUCCCCACGUUUUGUCCUCACUCAAGUCGGAUUAUUCGCGACAACCCCUCGUUUUGUCUGUACGCAAGCUCAAGUCGUCGGCUGUUGCUUCCAUCGCCUACUCCUUCGACACUGUAGGCGGGUGGGCCAUUGGUGUCCAGAACUUUGACAUUCGGCCUUCAGGCAGCGCCCAGCCAGAUGUCAUCACAUCGCGCGUUGCCUACACUGUGCCUGCUGAGACCGGCUACCUCGUUCCCCCCCCACCACGCCCACCGCGCUCACCGCACUCGACAAAGUGCUCUUUCUGCCUCGACUAUCCAGACUUGUACCUGGAUGAUGGAGAGGGCGGACCGGCCAAGCUCUGCUACAGCCAUCCAUAUCUUCUAGCCACUAUGCAUGACAAUACACUUGUGCUCUUUAUUGUUACUGCGACAGAGAAAUCGUUUGCCAUUUCCAACCCCAUAAAGCUCUUCGGCCACACUUCGGGCAUCGCAGACGCCGACAUCACUCCGGCGGGCACGGCUGUUAGCGUGAGCGAGCGUGGCGAUGAAAUCAGAGUCUGGGACCUAGACAGACACUACGAUGGCACGAGUGUGGAAGUCAGACCUCGAGUGAACAGGGGCUCUGACGAUGCUGGAGACGCUUCCUCAGCAGAGGAUGCUGAACAUAGACGAAACUGGGUCGGGACUGACAAUCAGAGGGUAACCGUUCUUCGACAGACGCCGGAUGGAAGAGAGAGUCUGGUCACGUAUGACUUCACAUGAUUACUGACAAGUAAAAAGGACAAAACAGCAUGUAUUGCAUUGGACGGGUUGAAAAAAAGAAAUGAUUUGUUUUUAAAACAUCUCGACAGAUGGUUCGGAUGUGACUGAGAAAGCGAACGCAUUUCGGUUUGGGAUCUUUUGGCAGGCGGGCUCAUUUGCUAUUUAUAUAUGGUGGUUAUUCUUUCUUUUCAUGAAUCUGGCGGUGUCUUUGUUUUCAUUUGGUAUUGAAGAUUGCAUUCGGUGGGCGAUGGAAGGGAUAUAAUGCU